UCAGGAAGGAGCGGGGAGCUCUGCGUGCCUUGGGAGAGCAGCGCUGCUGUUCCUCUGUCUGGGAGCAGGGUACUCCAAAGCACGGGGAGGGAUGACGGAGCGAGGCUGGGCACAGCCGGAGGCUCCUCUGUCGUGGGCCCCCAAGGGACAUGGGACCCCGUGGCUCCUCUGGCACGGGGCAGCCAGGACCUCGCACCGCAGGGCGGCCUCCCCUGGAUUUGGGGGCAGGUGGGGCCGAGCUCCUCGCCGCAGCCCCACGCAGGAGCCCUCCCUCCCACGCGCCGGCCGGCCGAAGCCCCGUUUCCCGAGCAGCCCACCUACCCGGUGCUUAGCGGAGUCACGCGGCCGCGGCACUUAAUUAUCGGGGAGCCGAUAUAAAGUCCCGUAAGCAUGUGGGGAGGACGUCGAGGCGGAGAGCCGCGAGCCCAGCGGAGCAGCGCACCCGGAACCCCUCUGUGCCCAGAGGAGGUCGCCCCAGGACCAUGCUGAACGUGCUGCUGCUGUGCUACGGGCUGCUGCAGGGCAUCCAGGCCAUGCUCACCUCGGACCUCAGCCACGGCCACCUGCAGAAGAUGAGCGCCGGGCUGUACGGGGCAGACAGAGCCCGCUACUCCAGCCUGCUGCGGAAAGUCAAGGAGGUGGCGGCGGAGCCUGCAGGUGAGUCCUGCGCUCCCCGUCCCUUGCUGGCACACCCAGGCCCCCAAAAUAGAAGCGGGGAGCCCGCAUGCAGCUAUUGUCCAGCCUCUCCCUAUUUUGCAGGAGCUCUUCCCAGGCCGGAGUUUGAUCAGAUGGCUCUGGAGGUCCAAGAAGCUGAUGGUGACCUCCUGCAGAAAAGCAGUGUGCUGGAACCGCAGGCGUCAUCCACAGCCCUGCAGGCUCCGGGCCGAGAGGAGCGUUCUCCCCGCCGCUGUGUCCGCCUCCUGGAGUCCUGUCUGGGCCACCAGAUCCCCUGCUGCGACCCCUGCGCCACCUGCUACUGCCGCUUCUUCAACGCUUUCUGCUACUGCAGGAAGAUCAGCACCAAUUUCCCGUGUGGCAAGAACUAGUGCCGCAGGGCUGCCCGCUCCUCGCCCCUCGGGGCCGCUACGGGCCUCUCCCCACGAGCCUCUUCCUCCGCAGCUCCAAUAAAGCAGCCGAUAGCAAACCUGU